CACUUCGCGCCAAAUUUACGAACACGUUGGUCUGCUUAGCCGCGGGAGGAAGAUACUCAGGUCUCUCAAUUUUUUUAAGUGUUUUAGCGUUUCAUUCGUUGUAUCUGACUUCGCGUGAGGCCAUAUUAGUGCUUAAAGAUGUAUGUCAAAGUACGAACAAUGGAUGGUAGCCUGACGGCUGUGGUGACCAUAUCUAAACUGACCAGCGUCCAGGACUUCAGGGUGAUGGUGGAGGAGAAGCUCAAGGUAGCGACUGACAGGCAACGGUUAUUUUAUCGUGGCAAACAGAUGGAAGAUGGAUACAACUUGUUUGACUACAACAUCAACAUUAAUGAUGUAAUCCAGCUGAUGGUUAAACCAAUCUUGACAGAAACUAAUACAAAUACUCCCAGUAAGCCUCAAAGUAUGAAAAAGGAGACCAACUCUACUACAGAUAAAGAAAAUGUACAGAAUAAUGAGAGGAAGAAGGAUAGUAUCAGUGAAAGCGAAAGUGAAUAUUAUAGAGUUGGAGAUCUGGUAGAUGUCAAGUUUCUCUCUGAUGGAACAUGGUGGGAAGGAAAAAUUGUGAAGAUAACAUCUGCCCCAGAAACCACAGAGCCUAGUAAUGGAGACGAUGGUUUUCUCUAUCAUAUUGUUUAUGAAAGGCAAGAGACUGAUCCUCCAGUAGAGCUACAGCUAAAGCAUAUCCGACCUCGAGCUCAUAAGAAGAUUAGUUUUACUGAUGUUAAUCCUGGAGACAUGGUGAUGGCCAACUACAAUAUAGAAAAUCCUGAAGAAAGGGGACAUUGGUUUGACUGUAAAGUCAGAAGAAUCAUCAACACCAGAACACAAAAAGAAUUAGUUGCUACAGUCUAUAUUGGAUGUGAUUCUACUCCUCUGGAAAACUGCCACAUACGUUUUGUUAAUGAGCUGUUUGCAGUGGAACAAAACAUAAAGUUGCACGAACGAAAUGAGGAUAUUGAGAAAGUUUUAGCUGAAGGAUCACCUGCUAAAAGAGAAAUUGCUCCAAGUUGUUCAACUUGCAAGGACAACCCAAAACGCAAGUGUAAGGAUUGUGGGUGCAACGAAUGUGGAGGAAAGGAGAAUCCUGAGAAGCAGCUCAUGUGUGAUGAAUGUGACAUGCCAUUUCACUUGUAUUGCCUCAAGCCACCACUGGAAAGCAUACCUGAUGUUGAUGAAUGGUACUGUCCUUUGUGUAAAAAUGAUGAUAGUGAAAUAGUCAAAGCUGGUGAGAAACUGAAAGAGAGCAAGAAGAAAGCAAAGAUGGCUUCCUCAAAAAGCAAUACUUCACGAGACUGGGGUAAAGGGUUUGCCUGUGCUGGGAGACAGAAAGUGUGCACCAUUGUGCCACAAAAUCAUUUUGGACCUGUACCUGGUGUUGAAGUGGGCACUUUAUGGAAAUUCAGGUUACAGGCUUCAGAAGCUGGUGUACAUCGUCCACAUGUUGCUGGCAUCCAUGGCCGGGAAAAUGAAGGUGCCUACAGCAUUGUACUCUCUGGUGGCUAUGAAGAUGAUGAAGAUAAUGGAGACUCCUUCACCUACACUGGCUCAGGCGGCAGGGACCUCUCUGGUAAUAAAAGAACUGCUGAACAAUCCUGCGAUCAGCAGCUUACUAGGAUGAACAGAGCCCUUGCCCUAAAUUGCAAUGUGCCAGUAAACAAAAAUGGAGCAGAAGCCAAAGACUGGAAAGGAGGCAAGCCAGUGCGAUCAGUUAGAAAUGCAAAAGGCCGUAAGCAUUCAAAGUAUGCACCAGAGGAAGGUAACAGGUAUGAUGGCAUUUACAAAAUUGUAAAGUACUGGCAAGAUACAGGUAAAAGUGGCUACAAGGUGUGGCGAUACUUGUUACGUCGUGAUGACCCGACUCCUGCACCAUGGACAAAGGAAGGCAAGCAGAGAAUCCAAGAAUUGGGAUUAGAGAUUCAGUAUCCAGAUGGUUACUUAGAAGCACAGAAAGAGAAAGAAGAUAGAGCUGCUAAUGAAGACAGUGAGAUAGAAAAUGAAGAAGAUGGAAAAGGGAAGGGUAAAUCAAGUAAGAGAAAAAAUAACCAAAAUUCAUUUAAUGAGGGAAUUGGAUAUUCUGAACCAAAGAAAAGGAAGAGUAUUGUUCAUAUUCUUGAAAAGGAAGUGGAGCACCUAAUCAAAAAGGAUGAAAAGGCGAAGCUUUGGAAAGAAUGUAAAACUUUGCUUAUAGAAGGUCGAACACAAUUCUUGAAUGGUGUGGAGGAAAGGUUCUUGUGUGUGUGCUGUCAAGAGCUAGUUAUCAAGCCCAGUCACUACUGACUGCAAGCACAAUGUGUGGGCCAACCUUGCUUGCAGCGUUCUUUCAAAGCUGAUGUGUUCACGUGUCCAGCCUGCAGAUAUGACUUAGGCAAAGACUAUCCUAUGGACAUCAACAAACCACUUAGCAAAUGUCUUGUAGCACUUUUUCCUGGCUAUGAUGCAGCACGUUAG